GCACUUUAGGCUAACUUGUUUUAAAGUACGUACUAUAAUAACAUGGUUGACCCUUUAGUAUUUGCUUUUCCCACAGCUGGAAAUGUAAGAGACAUGCAUUCAAACCAGCGACUCAAAGGUUGGAGAUGUCCUUAUCAGUCCUCACCUAAUAUUUUUGAGGCAGUGGACAAUGAGCAUCACUGGUACCUGCAGCAAAAUGCCCCGGCACCAUGGAGGAAUCCAAGAUCUAGAUGGGAGGUUGCGUCGAGAGAAAGGAGAACAUCUCCCUUUCUAUCUAAUUUUACAUUAUAUAAUGACGAACCAUGGAGAUCACAAUCUGUCACACCUAGACCUGGUUUAUUUCUGAGCCGGGCACGCAGUGUCCCUGAAGCACUCAAUUGCCUAAGCACCCCCACAUUACAUUCCAGUUUUUCUUCCAUCACCAUUUCCGCCCGGAGUUUGUCACCUAACAGGGAUCGAAUGGCUUACUCAAGCUCAAGAAUUAGCCCUGUAAACCUGCCUGCAGGCAGUAGCCAUCGCCCCUUAGCCAUGACCCACAGUAAAAAUAAAACCAGUGAUUGUGUCACUGUGAUUCCUCCUAAACGCAGGGCAAUAGUGGUGACGGUGAAUGAAUGCACAGAACAGCAAUCCACUACUAAUAACAUCAUACGUUUCCAAGCUUCACCAGGCGGAUGGCCAGUGAAUCAGACGGACUCUUCGUCAUCCUCAAAGACUUCUGAUAGACUCUUCCGCUCCUGCGCCCACAUUUAUGUUUACCCAUCCCAGCUGUUCAGAUCUACUCUGUACUUGGACAAAUCCCUCUCAAUCCCUCUUGGACAGCCUCAAAAAUACAGUGGGACUUUGCAUAGAUCUACUCUCUCCAUUUCCCUCAGAAAAAGAGCCUCUAAUCGGACUCUUAAAGGAUCUGGGAUUAUAAUUCAACCUAAAAGGUCCUAUAGUGACUGGGACAUAUCAGGCAUUGGCGUUGAUGGAAAAGAAAAGCUGUCCCGGCACCUGAUGGAUGCUCCCACCAGUAGUGCCUUCAGGACUAACACGAGUUCUGUCUCCAACACGCAGUAUUCCACUUUAACAUCAUUGACAUUCAGAACAAGGUGCCACUCAUCUUCUGCUUCCUUCAGAGUGAAUGGAAAGGCUAAUGAUGUCUUAAGGCCUCCGCAGAGCAAUCUAAGAGCCAUACAGGCAUUCAGCAAGCAUUCAGAGCCUGUUUUAAGUAAGAUGGUGGAGUCCCCUGCAAUAUUCAAAACUAUUUCGUCUGCUGGCAGUGUGGAAGAUCUUAGACACAGAAAUACAGCAACUGAUCCUGACUUACAGUCUCCAGAAGCAAAGACUUUAAGCAAACAAAUUUGGGUCCCUCAGGUGCGUGUAAGGGUCCCUCGUGAGGUCCGAACUGUUUCCCACACUGCUGAGAAAGUCAGGAGAGGUAUUGAGUGGUCGGUCUCUCCUCAUCUGAUUAAUUGCACCUGUGCGUCCAGGCCUGACCAGUACAACACUAAACCUCAGUCACUUAGCUUAAGGGAGGCUCUUGAGCUGUUUCGUCCAGAUUUUAUCUCUCGAUCUCAGAAUCGGUUGCGGCGGUUGGAACAGAGGGCCAGACAGAGGCGGAGCUUACAAACAUCAGAAUUUUCAAUGGUCGUGGAGACGGCUAACUUUAGGCCCAACUGCACCAAGCCACACCCACUUAGUGAUAACCUUUUCAAACCCAGGGACAGAGCCAUCUCAGGCAAAGAGAUGCAAUGGAGAUCCAGACGGAUCUAUAAAAAACUACCUGAAGUGACCAAGAAGAAGGAAGAUGAGAAGAAGAGACAGAUGUCCCAAACCAACAGACUGAGGGUGGAGGUCUUCAAAAAGAAACUUUUGGAUCAGGUUCUUCAAAGGCACAGCGACUGAGAGUGUGUUCGCAAGAUUUAUAUCCCCUACUCUCUCCUUGCCUGAGGCAAAGAACUGAAGACAAGCAAGACCUUUGGAGCCCCCUUCCGAGAACAGAGCAUGGUUUUUCUGAUGCAUUGUUCCAAAUAUAAAACACCUUUUACCGGACAUGAGACGAAUCCGAGUGUUAUGCGUUUCCGUACCCUGUUGUGUCCAACACUUGAAAUUGAAAGGAUGCUUUGUAAAAGACAUUUUUGAGGGAAGAUAAAUUGAUGGACUCUGUAUCUUAUUGUCAGGUGAACACUGUAGAAGAUAAUGUGGAGAAUUUGUUAAAUUUGUACCAUAUGG